ACCGCGGUGAUUAUUAAUAUAGCCUAUCUCUCGCUAGAGCAGACAUGACCUACAUGUAGGCUACUGCAGCUUUUACGCUACCCGCGGUGCAAGCCCAUAUUCCUUCAGAAGAGAAGAGCGACGCUCUGCUACUCUCGACGCCAUAACGUGAUGCUGAAACGAGAGGAGGCACGUUGACAUGUUCUACGGUUCUACAAUGGAGUCCACCGCUGCCUGUUAGUCGUAUCAGAGGUGACGAUAGCACAGUUCGUGACAUGCUGAGGGGAAUAGUGACCGCGGACGCGCUCUGAACGCUUGAAAUUGAGACAGCGGUUCCUACUGUGGUUUUGGACCAAUCAGACGGCAUGGCCCUCUCCUUCUGUGGAAACGACGGGAACGACUCGUACAAUGUGGACAAGGGAGUCCUCAACAAUGGCUGCUUUGUGGAUGCGCUCAACCUGGUCCCACAUGUCUUCCUACUCUUCAUUACCUUCCCCAUCCUCUUCAUUGGUUGGGGCAGUCAAAGCUCAAAAGUGCAGAUCCACCACAACACCUGGCUCCACUUCCCUGGACACAACAUGCGCUGGAUUCUCACCUUCACGUUGCUCUUUGUCCACGUGUGUGAGAUUGCCGAGGGCAUCGUCUCCAACCAGACGAUGAAAUCCCCCCAUCUCCAUCUGUUCAUGCCGGCCUUCAUCGGCUUCAUCGCGGCCACCACCUCAGUGGUGUACUACCACAACAUCGAGACGGCCAACUUCCCCAAGCUGCUGUUGGCCCUGUUCAUCUACUGGGUGUUGGCCUUUAUCACAAAGACCAUUAAGCUGUGGAAGUUUGUGGAGUCGGAGAAAGGCCCUCAGCACCUCCGCUUCUGCAUCACGGCUAUGCUGGUCAUCCUCUACGGGCUGCUCAUGGCUGUUGAGGUCAACGUCAUCAGAGUCAGGAAGUACGUUUUCUUCGCCAGCCCCCAGAAGGUGAAGCCGCCGGAGGACCUCCAGGACCUGGGCGUUCGCUUCCUGCAGCCCUUCGUCAACCUGCUGUCUAAGGCCACCUACUGGUGGAUGAACCCGCUCAUCAUGGGGGCCCACAAGCGGCCCAUCGAGCUCAAGAAGAUUGGCAAGCUGCCCAUCGCCAUGCGUGCCCUCACCAACUACCUCAGGCUCAAAGACGCCUACGAGGAACAGAGGCAUGUGGAGGACCGUGAGAAGGCUCCGUCCAUCUGGAAGUCCAUGUACCGGGCGUUCGGGCGCCCCAUCCUGCUGAGCAGCACGUUCCGUUACCUGGCCGACCUGCUGGGCUUCGCCGGACCACUCUGCAUCUCGGGCAUCGUCAGCAACCUCGAGAAACGCAACGAGACUGCCGUGGCUGCUGCAGCAACAAACGUUGACAACACAACCUCUUCUGGUGUCUACUUCAUGGAGUCCACGGAGCUUCUGGAGAACACUCCUGUGUUGGCAGUUCUGCUGUUCCUCGCCCUGGUUCUGCAACGGACGUUCUUGCAGGCAUCCUACUAUGUUACCAUAGAAACUGGUAUCAAUCUCAGAGGAGCUUUGCUGGCCAUGAUCUACAACAAGAUCCUGCGCCUCUCCACCUCCAACAUGUCCAUGGGCGAGAUGACCCUCGGCCAGAUCAACAACCUGGUUGCUAUAGAAACCAACCAGCUGAUGUGGUUCCUCUUCCUGUGCCCUAACCUCUGGGCCAUGCCUGUCCAGAUCAUCAUGGGGGUGAUCCUGCUCUACUACCUGCUGAGGGAGAGCGCUCUCAUUGGGGCGGCUGUCAUUGUCCUCCUGGCACCCAUCCAGUACCUCAUCGCCACCAAGCUGGCUGACACCCAGAAGAGCACACUGGAUUACUCCACGGAGCGUCUGAAGAAGACCACUGAGAUCCUGAAGGGCAUCAAGCUGCUGAAGCUCUACGCCUGGGAGAACAUCUUCUGUGACAGCGUGGAGGACUCGCGGGGCAAAGAGCUCACCAGCCUGCGCACCUUCGCCUUCUACACCUCCAUGUCCAUCUUUAUGAAUGCUGCCAUUCCCAUAGCUGCCGUGUUAGCGACGUUCGUGACCCAUGCCUACCUGAACGAGGAGAGACUGAGCCCCUCCAAAGCCUUCGCCUCACUGGCUCUCUUCCACAUCCUGGUCACGCCCCUCUUCCUGCUCUCCACUGUCGUUCGCUUCGCUGUCAAGGCUCUGGUCAGUGUGCAGAAGCUGGGUGAGUUCCUCCAGAGCGAUGAGAUUGGCGAUGACAGCUGGAGAAACGGAGAUAUGUCUGUCUCUCUGGAGUCAUGCAAGAAGCCCACAGGAGUGACGAACAGGAAGCGGCCACGCUACCAGCUGGACAGCUACGGCUAUGAGCAGCCUUCACGCAGACAACCACGGCCAGCUGAGACUGAGGACGUCGCAAUCAAAGUGAGCAGUGGCUUUUUCACCUGGGGAAACAACCUGUCCACCCUUUCCGACAUCAACAUCAGUAUCCCAACAGGUCAGCUGACCAUGAUUGUGGGCCAGGUGGGUUGUGGGAAGUCGUCACUUCUCUUGGCCAUGUUGGGGGAAAUGCAGACCAAUCGGGGUGGAGUCUACUGGAGCAAACUCCCUGAGUGUGAGAUGUUCCUCGAGGGGAUUACAAGCGGGUUUGAGACGGACUCGUCCCUAGAGGACGACAGGAGCAAAAACAGGUACUCUGUGGCCUAUGCUGCGCAGAAGUCUUGGCUGCUCAACGCAACAGUUGAGGAAAACAUCACUUUCGGGAGUCCCUUCAACAAGCAGAGAUAUAAGGCCGUGAUAGACGCCUGUUCACUGCAGCCAGACAUUGACCUACUGCCCUUUGGAGACCAGACAGAAAUCGGAGAGAGGGGCAUUAACCUAAGUGGAGGACAGAGACAGAGGAUAUGUGUGGCGAGAGCUCUCUAUCAAAACACCAACAUCGUUUUCCUGGACGACCCCUUCUCAGCAUUGGACAUCCACCUGAGUGACCACCUGAUGCAGGAGGGCAUCUUGAAGUUCCUGCAGGACGACAAGCGCACUGUGGUCCUGGUCACACACAAGCUCCAGUAUCUCAUACACGCCGACUGGAUCAUCGCCAUGAAGGAUGGCUCUGUCCUGAGAGAGGGCACGCUAAAGGACAUCCAGAACAAUGAUGUUCAGCUGUACGAGCACUGGAAGACCCUCAUGAACCGCCAGGACCAGGAGCUGGAGAAGGACACGGAGCUGGAGAGCCAGACCACACUGGAGAGAAAGACGCUGAGAAGAGCCUUCUACUCUCGUGAAGCCAAAAACCAGGUUGAUGACGAGGACGAAGAGGAGGAAGAGGAGGAGGAUGAAGAUGACAACAUGUCCACCACCACCAGCCGCCGGUCCAAGAUCCCCUGGAAGGUGUGCUGGCGGUACCUGUCCUCCGGUGGCUUCUUCAUGGUCUUCAUGAUGGUGUUCUCCAAGCUGCUCAAGCACUCGGUCAUGGUGGCUAUCGACUACUGGCUGGCCUACUGGACCUCCGCCAACAGGUCCAACGGCUCGUCCUUCAACAGUACCUCCAACUUCAGCACCGACUCCAACUUCACCACCUACUCCAACUUCACCGAGGAUGGAGACAGCUACAAUGAGCACCAGUCCUACUACGUGUGGGUGUUCAGUAUCCUCUGCGGGUCGGGGAUCGUCCUCUGCCUCAUCACCUCUCUGACCGUGGAGUUCCUCGGCCUCUCGGCCGCCACCAACCUGCACCACAAUCUACUCAACAAGAUCAUCCACGCGCCACUGAGGUUCUUUGACGUCACACCCCUGGGUCAGAUCUUGAACCGAUUUUCAGCUGACACCAACAUCAUUGAUCAGCAUAUCCCCCCUACGCUGGAGUCUCUGACUCGUUCCACGCUGCUCUGCCUCUCGGCGAUCGGAGUCAUCGCGUUCGUGACCCCGGCCUUCCUCAUCGCCAUGCUACCCAUCACCGUGGGCUUCUACUUCAUCCAGAAGUACUUCCGGGUCGCCUCCAAAGACCUGCAGGACUUGGACGACUCGACCCAGUUGCCUCUGCUCUGCCACUUCUCUGAGACAGCUGAAGGCCUGACGACCAUCCGUGCCUUCAGACAUGAAGCGCGCUUUAAGCAGAGGAUGCUGGAGCUGACGGACACCAACAACACGGCGUAUCUCUUCCUCUCUGCUGCCAACCGCUGGCUGGAGGUCAGAACGGACUACCUUGGUGCUUGGAUCGUCCUGGCCGCCGCGGUGGCUGCCAUACUUACAACUGGGACGAAGUCUGGCCUAGUAGGCUUGGGACUGACUUAUGCCCUGACUGUUACCAACUACCUGAACUGGGUGGUGAGGAAUCUGGCAGACUUGGAAGUGCAAAUGGCCGCAGUCAAGAAAGUCAACAGCUUCUUGAGCAUCGAGUCUGAGAACUACGAAGGAUCCAUGGAUGUUUCUCAGGUGCCGGAUGACUGGCCUCAGCAGGGAGAGAUUAAGAUCCAGGACCUGUGUGUGCGCUACGACCCCUCGCUCAAACCCGUCCUCAAGCACGUCAGUGCCUACAUCAACCCUGGACAGAAGGUGGGCAUCUGUGGGCGCACAGGCAGUGGGAAGUCCUCCCUCUCGCUGGCUUUCUUCAACCUGGUGGAUGUUUACCAUGGGAAGAUUGUCAUCGACGGCAUUGACAUCUGCAAGCUGCCACUGCAGACGCUGAGGUCCAGACUCUCCAUCAUCCUCCAAGACCCGGUACUCUUCAGCGGCUCCAUCCGGUUUAACCUAGAUCCAGAGCGCACCUGCACUGAUGACAGACUGUGGGAGGCACUGGAGAUCGCCCAGCUGAAGAACAUGGUCAAAGCACUGCCGGGAGGACUAGAUGGUGUUGUGACCGAGGGAGGGGAGAACUUUAGCGUCGGCCAACGGCAACUCUUCUGCCUGGCCAGAGCCUUCGUCCGCAAGAGCAGCAUCCUCAUCAUGGACGAGGCAACCGCCUCCAUCGACAUGGCAACGGAAAACAUUCUUCAGAAGGUGGUUAUGACGGCAUUUGCUGACAGGACUGUGGUCACCAUUGCACAUCGUGUCCACACCAUCCUGACAGCUGAUCUGGUGAUUGUAAUGAAACGUGGGAACAUCUUGGAGUACGACAAACCAGAGACAUUACUCGAACAGGAAGGCGGCCUCUUUGCUUCCUUUGUCAAAGCGGACAUGUAGACCCUUCUGAGUCGUCCAAAUCAUUGUCUGUCUCUCCCCUUUUCCUGAACUUUACUAAGGACAUGGACAAGGGGACUUUUAUUACAAACAUUUUACACCAUAUCAAAAUCACAGGAUAUCCAAAAUGUACUGUAUUUUUUGACGCUUGUUUUUCUAUGCAUGGUACUGCCGUAUUUGUUCACGUUGUAAAAACAAACAAACAAACAAAAAAAACGUCACGCACGUCACACCACUGUUUGCCUUACCAAGACAGUUAGCCUAUUAACACUCAAUGCUAUUUAUUUUGAGCUGAACAAGAGCCAUGCAAGGCUUGGGCUAAUUUGUGACUCGUCAAAUGGCUGCUUUAAAGGAUUAUAGCCUUUUUUAUAUAAACACUCGUAGUCCUUAACAUGUUAACUAUAUUAUCCGUAUUAUCAUUGUCUCAUGAAAUAUAUUGGUGUAUAUGCAUUAUAUGUUAUUUUUCGUACUCCUAUCCAAGAAGAUGUUUAAGGAAUUGACUGGUACAAACACUGUACAGGAUUGUCGGUCCGAUCGUUGACCGGCAAACUGUCUGUCUGUCUGUAAUGUGCAAUGCUGAAUUUUUAUGUUAGCCCUGGGUAAGGUGGACACUCCAAAGAGCUCACUCUCCUAAAGCAUUGACUUCACCCAAUGGGUGAUUUGUGAUUUCUUUUGUAUAAAAACAAAAAAAAACACACAACAGGCACAUACUGUAGUUUACGUUGCUCUAAUCCACUGGCUAUUGGUUCUGUAGUCUGUGUUUGAGAGAUUCGAAACAGUAUUAUUCUUAGCAGUAAAUAAAGUAUUUAGAGCACUUGCUUUCCUGGAGAGUGGAGUAUCUGUUCAUUCUGUACCCAUAUAUAUUUAAUUUCAUGUUAUCAAUGAAGAUUUUAUAUUAUAUUAUUGAGAAAUGUGUACCUUUAGCCUGAGUGCCAAACUGUGUCAUGAAAGCAUUUGUGAUGACUUUGAGUAUAUAGGCCAUAUUCUACACUUGGCCUCAUUUAAUUUUAUCUGCCAUGAUGACACACACGUGCCACUACUCUUGUCACAUAAACUCACAUACAUUUUUUUGUGUACUAUAUCUUAUUACAUGGUAUCUUGUUUAUAACUAUGUUGCCUUUGUUUUUCACACUCUGAAGUCUCGUAAUCACCCUUCCAUGGCACAGUGAUGUAAAAUCUCAUUUGCACUCGCUGUUCGUCUCGUUCAGGUGGUUUAUUUAACGCCUCUGUGAGUCCCCCCCCCCUAUCUCUCUCUCUCCCUCUCUCCAAGGCCCCUGGCUGCAUGUCCUUGGAUGAGGCAGUGUGGAUUAACCCUUUAAUAUCCUCUCGAGUGCAAUUGCUCAUGUGUAAUGCAAGUCAUUAUAGCCAAGUAUGUUCUUAUGCAAAGUAUUCAGACUGACAUGGUUUGUGUAUAUAUGUUGUUUAUAUAUGUGCGACAACCUGUUUUUGAAUGUUGAGGGUAAUUUUAACUUCCAUUUGGGCUGUCAUCUUCAGGGUUGCUUGUACUAUGUUUUGUUUGUGCUUCUUGUUUGCUUUGCUUGCUUAGCCUAAGUGAGUUAACAGCAUCACUGUCAGUGUUUGGUGAUUUCAGAGAUCUGGAGAAGUGUGUAUGUUGGGAUAACCUCAGGGGUAUCAUGACUUUUGAAAGGCGGUAGUCUUGGGUUGGGGGGGGGGGGGGGGGGGGGGGGGUGGGUAUCUGCAGAGUUUCACAAGGUCAGCUGACAGGCCGUGGAAUGCCAGGCCACCUUGUACACAAAUCACACUUGUCAUAGCAUAAAGCUUUUUCCCUGUGAACAGCUUGCUCCAAAGCUCUUGGUAGUCAAGUGUCAAGUGUGUUUUAAUAGGACUCUUAUAGUCUUUUUUAUUAUUUUUUGUGAUGGGCACUGUCUUAAAUGUACAUAUGUAAUUAUUUUGUCAUGACUGAUUAAACAUUUAACAGAUCUGUUUUA